CACCACCUUGUUUCGGUCAAGUGAGACGAUUACGAAGAUGGUGGAAGUUUAUUUCUUGAAGUGAAGCCGCAAAAGAACCAAAACAGACCGGGAUAUUGGGGAAAGUUGCCUGUCACGUCUUGAACUUCUUCUGCCCUUGGAUUCGGGUAAGCGAAACAUCCGAGGUGGAAAGUCCUCAACCGCAAUAUUUUGCCUCCACACUGGGCUAGCCAGCCAUGACACGGGCUAGCUAACCUGCCAGCCAGCUUGUUUUUUUAAAGCCUGUUGUGCUCUUGUGUUAUCACGAGCAGUUGCCAGUAGCCCAUUCAUAGACUGUAUAUUCAUAAGUUGCCAGCUGAUAUUUAACACGUAAACAACAACACUUUAUUGCAUCCAAUCUCUGCAUCACGGAGUAGAACGUAACAUUUCAAGGUUGUAAUUUCACUCGUUUUGAGACUACAGAGCUAAUUUAGCGACUUAGCUAACUAGGCUAAACGCGUUAGCCUUCUUCGUUGUCAAACAUGUCGGAGAUAUCUAAGCGUAUCCUUUUGCCAAUGUCAUAUGCGACUGGUGAUGGUUAACAUCAAAUCCUAGCGAUGGCAAACAAAAUGCAGUAAUAAUUAACUAUGUUUAUUUUCUCCAGUCAUAUUGUUAUUGAGUAAAAUGACGUUGGGGUUCUCUUGCUUUUAUCCAGUCACGUGUUCAUAAAACAUACUGUCAUUUCAACAACCUGAUCGUGCCACUUUCUUUGAACUGAGGGGUGGGGCUGGGUAAAUGUAGCUAACCUUUUUUAUUUAUUUAUUUAUUUAUUUCACCUUUAUUUAACCAGGUAAACCAGUUGAGAACAGGUUCUCAUUUACAACUGCGACCUGGCCAAGAUAAAGCAAAGCAGUGCAAUAAAAACAACACAGAGUUACAUAUGGGGUAAAAAAACAUAAAGUCAAAAAUACAACAGAAAAUAUAUAUACAGUGUGUGCAAAUGUAGCAAGUUAUGGAGGUAAGGCAAUAAAUAGGCUAUAGUGCAGAAUAAUUACAAUAGUAUUAACACAAUGUAUUGUGGGUUAUGAUGGGUAAGGCAGUUGUAGGGUAUUUAUAAUUUGUAUUCUUAAAGAAACAAAGCUCUUCCUUGAAUGUUGCACUCAAACAAUCCAUGUUUUUUUUUUAAAGUUAUACAUGUCUGUGUGUAUUAUACUGAACAAAAAUAUAAACGCAACAAUUACAACGAUUUUACUGAGUUACAGUUUAUAUAAGGAAAUCAGUCAAUUGAAAUACAUUAAUUGGGCCCUAAUCUAUGGAUUUUGCAUGACUGGGCAGGGGAGCAGCCACUUGGGAGCCAAGCCCAGCCAAUCAGAAUGAGUUUUUCCCCACAAAAGGGCUUUAUUACAGACUGAAAUACGCUUCAGUUUCAUCAGCUGGCUGGUGUCAGACGAUCCCACAGGUGAAGAAGCCGGAUGUGGAGGUCCUGGGCUGGCGUGGUUACAAGUGGUCUGCGGUUGUGAGGCUAGUUGUACGCACUGCCAAAUUCUCUACAACGACGUUGGAGGCGGCUUAUGGUAGAGAAAUUAACAUUAAAUUCUCUGGCAACAGCUCUGGUGGACAUUCCUGCAGUCAACAUGCCAAUUGCACACGCCCUCAAAACUUGAGACAUCUGUGGCGUUGUGUUGUGUGAGACAACUGCACAUUUUAGUGGCCUUUUAUUGUGGACCUUUGUAAUGAUCAUGCUGUUUAAUCAGCUUCUUGAUAUGCCACACCUGUCAGGUGGAUGGAUUAUCUUGGCAAAGGUAAAAUGCUCACUAAAAGGGAUGCAAAGAAAUUUCUGCACAAAAUUUUAGAGAAAUAAGCCUUUUCUGCAUAUGGAACAUUUCUGGGAUCUUUUAUUUCAGCCCAUGAAACAUGGGACCAACACUUUACAUGUUGCAUUUAUAUUUUUGUUCAGUAUAGUUGAUAUGUCAGUUCCUAUGUUAACUAUUAACUUGGUAGUGUUUUGUUAGCUAAACCCAUAGACAUAACUUAACCUAAACAGUAGUUUAUGUGGAAAUGUAGUAGUAGCCUACUAGCCUAGCCUUGUAAACACAAACCUCAGCGGCAGAGCUAAAGCUUGUCUGAGGUUCUGUACAAUUGCUUAAGCUGCUAUUUAGCCUUUAAUCAGGAUAUUUUCGACUAACCUUGGCGAUACUUUAUUCGUUCUCGAUUUGGACGUCCCCGGUGUCUUCUAAACUCCCAUGGCUAGUUUCAGGGGGAAAGUUGGAAUUUAUUUAUUUUCAGUUAUUAAAUUAAAUACAAUUUUGCUCCAUGAAGUAAUCCAACAAGAUUAGAUGGCGGUAUAUACAUUGUCGGAUUAUUUCAUGGAGCAAAAAUGAUUUAAUUUAAUAAAGGACUAUUUUCUCAAUUCCAACUUUCCCCCUGCAACUAGCCAUGGUAGUUUAGAAGACUUUGUCAGAAAAUAUAUUUAGCAUAAUUGAAUAUAUCAGCUACAACAGCAAAUGUUAUCUAGUUAGCCAUACAAUGUGCAACAAUGCAACAGAAUUUAGAUACAAAAAUGAUUGGACCGAAGCUUUUAGCACUAACAAGGGACUUGUGAAGUAUAAAGGACUGACUUGGACUCGGACUCUAACACUAGGGACUUGAUACUCGACUUGGACUCGGUUUAGUGACUUGACUACAUCACUGCCAUCAGCUAGCCUACUUCUAGCCCUGAAGCAGGACCAAGUUGGAACAUUACAAAUAGGCCUAUCCUAUGGUGUAGGCCUACAGGCAUUCCAAAAUUCACAACAACCUCUAUAAUCAACUCUAAUAGCCUAGGCUGUGUUUCCACUUUUUAUUUGUUUAUGCGUUAUCUGACAUUUAGGUGAGGCAGGUAUUCAUUGGAUGAUGGUGAAUCUUUGAUCCUGGUCUUAGCUGAUGAGUUCCUGACUAGUGAGUUUAAUUAGCUGGCUCACAACGCAGUCACUCACUGUAGGCCCAGGAUCAGCAGUGGUUAGUUAUUAACUCCGGGUACAGCCAAAGUUAAAGUUUAUCCAGAGCUUUUUCUCUCAUUUGCACAGGGGAGAUAGGCGAGGAACAUACACUAUAUAUACAAAAGUAUGUGGGCACCCCUUCAAAUGAGUGGAUUCUGCUAUUUCAGCCACACCCGUUGCUGACAGGUGUAUAAAAUCGAGCACACAGUCAUGCAAUCUCCAUAGAAAAAACAUUGGCAGUAGAAUGGCCUUACUGAAAAGCUCAGUGACUUUCAACGUGGCACUGUCAUAGGAUGCCACCUUUCAGUUUGUCAAAUUUCUGCCCUGCUACAGCUGCCCGAUCAACUGUAAGGGCUGUUAUUGUGAAGUGGAAAUGUCUAGGUGCAACAACGGCUCAGCCGCGAAGUGGUAGGCCACACAAGCUCACAGAACGGGACCGCUGAAGCGCAUGGCACUUAAAAAUCGUAUGUCCUCGGUUGCAACACUCACUACUGAGUUCCAAACUGCCUAUGGAAGCAACAUCAGCACAAUAACUGUUGUGUCAGGAGCUUUAUGAAAUGGGUUUCCAUGGCCGAGCAGCAGCACACAAGCCGAAGAUCACCAUGCGCAAUGCCAAGCGUCGGCUGGAGUGAUGUAAAGCUCGCCGCUAUUGGAUUCUGGAGCAGUGGAAACGCGUUCUCUGGAGUGAUGAAUCACGCUUCACCAUCGGGCAGUCCGACGGACAAAUCUGGGUUUGGCGGAUGCCAGGAGAACGCUACCUGCCCAAAUGCAUAGUACCAACUGUAAGGUUUGGUGGAGGAGGAAUAAUGGUCUGGGGCUGUUUUUAAUGGUUUGGGCUAGGCCCCUUCCAGUAAGGGAAAUCUUAACGCUACAGCAUACAAUGACAUUCUAGACGAUUCUGUGCUUCCAACAUUGUGGCAACAGUUUGGGGAAGGCCCUUUCCUGUUUCAGCAUGACAAUGCCCUCGUGCACAAAGCGAGGUCCAUACAGAAAUGGUUUGUUGAGAUUGGUGUGGAAGAACUUGAAUGGCCUGCACAGAGCCCUGACCUCAACCCCAUCGAACAUCUUUGGGAUGAAUUGGAACCAGGCCUAAUCGCCCCAACAUCAGUGCCAAACCUCACUAAUGCUCUUGUGGCUGAAUGGAAGCAAGUCCCCGCAGCAAUGUUCCAACAUCUAGUGGAAAGCCUUCCCAGAAGAGUGGAGGCUGUUAUAGCAGCAAAGGGGACACAAACUCCAUAUUAAUGCUCAUGAUUUUAGAAUGAGAUGUUCCAAAAGAACUAGGCUAUGAUUCCUGAUGCUACUUUCACCAGUUUGAUUUUCCCUAGAAAGUUAAUUGUUGGGUUGCAUCACACUCGUGGCUUUUUCCAGAGAACAAGUAUUUGUAAAUGGGCAAUUCCACGGUAACAUUGACACUGAGACUCAGAUUUUUCACUUUGAAAUGAAUUUCAAACAAACCAAUGAUUGCAAAGUUAGACAAACCAUACUAUGCACAAGGUCUACCUAAACAAUUUCCACUGAGAAUUUUACAAAACCACAUUCACUUUAAGAACAGUGCAGAUGCCAAGUUCGGUAACAGAAUGAUGACACAAACCGUCAUUCUGUUAUCAAACUUAGCAUCUGCACUGUUCUUCAAAGUAGUUAUUGUGCAUAGAGUUGUAUGGUUUCUUUAACUUUGCAGUCAUGGGUUUUUGUUUGACAUGCAUUUUAAAGUGAAAAUCAGAAUCUGUGUCACUCUGUUACUGCCCAAAUGACUCUCUUAGAAAUCUUACUACUAUACAUCUGAGCUCAGUAAGUUUCACACCCACACUUCCACGUACUUAUAGAGAAGACUUGCCUAGUCAGAGAAUGGUAGGUACCAGCAUAACCUUUCUUGCCCAUUUAACUAAUAGCAAUAUCAUUUCAUUACCAUUCAAAAUAGGUCAAUGUAUUAGUUGCUGGGUGGUUAAAGUGUGACUAACAGAAUGCUGACCAUGAUAUUUUAUGUUGUUCCAUUACAUUUAGGUAAGGUCACUGUCUAAUAUCGUAAAGCAUCUCUCACAAUGCAGUGAACCCAAAUGUCAUGCCUAGACAGAGGAUAGAAAGGCUGUAACUUGCAUUGCAUGGAAUGUGUUUUGGGCCAUUGAGUGGUUGACUGAGUACGGUGUGGUGUUUGUUGCAGGUAGCCAUUCCAGCCCUAUGUCAUGGCCUCCAGCGUUGCUAAACCAGGCCCUGGGAAUGGCUACCCCAUGAAGGCACAACUGCAAGUUAUGGGUAGGUUCUUAAUCCUGAUCCUUGUCAUUUAUUUUGGGUGUUGAAGGGCUUAGUCCAUACAAAACAUAGGAAACUCUGUUUCUCAGGGUGUGGGCAAUGUUUAUUUUGUCCACACUCAUAAAACAGAAUUGACCCGAAGUGCUCUAUAAUAUUAUAAUAUACAGUGCCUUGCAAAAGUAUUCAUCCCCCUUGGCGUUUUUCCUAUUUUGUUGCAUUACAACCUGUAAUUUAUAUUGAUUUUUAUUUGGAUUUCAUGUGAUGGACAUACACAAAAUAGUCAAAAUUGGUGAAGUGAAAUGAAAAAAAUAACUAGUUUCAAAAAAUUAUAAAAUAUAAAUAACGGAAAAGUGGUGCGUGCGUAUGUAUUCACUCCCUUUGCUAUGAAGCUCCUAAAUAAGAUCUGGUGCAACCAAUUACCUUCAGAAGUCACAUAAUUAGUUAAAUAAAGUCCACCUGUGUGCAAUCUAAGUGUCACAUGAUCUGUCACAUGAUCUCAGUAUAUAUAUACACCUGUUCUGAAAGGCCCCAGAGUCUGCAACACCACUAAGCAAGGGGCACCACCAAGUAAGCGGCACCAUGAAGACCAAGGAGCUCUCCAAACAGGUCAGGGACAAAGUUGUGGAGAAGUACAGAUCAUGGUUGGGUUAUAAAGAAAUAUCAGAAACUUUGAACAUCCCACGGAGCACCAUUAAACCCAUUAUUAAAAAAUUGAAAGAAUAUGGUACCACAACAAACCUGCCAAGAGAGUGCCGCCCACCAAAACUCACGGACCAGGCAAGGAGGGCAUUAAUCAGAGAGGCAACAAAGACACCAAAGACAACCCUGAAGGAGCUGCAAAGCUACACAGCGGAGAUUGGAGUAUCUGUCCAUAGGACCACUUUAAGCCGUACAAUCCCCAGAGCUGGGCUUUACGGAAGAGUGGCCAGAAAAAAGCCACUGCUUUAAGAAAAAAAUAAGCAAACAGGUUUGGUGUUUGCCAAAAGGCAUGUGGGAGACUCCCCAAACAUAUGGAAGAAGGUAGUCUGGUCAGAUGAGACUAAAAUUUAGCUUUUUGGCCAUCAAGGAAAAAGCUAUGUCUGGCGCAAACCCAACACCUCUCAUCACCCCGAGAACACCAUCCCCACAGUGAAGCGUGGUGGCAGCAUCAUGCUGUGGGGAUUUUUUUCAUCGGCAGGGACUGGGAAACUGGUCAGAAUUGAAGGAAUGAUGGAUGGCGCUAAAUACAGGGAAAUUCUUGAGGGGAAACCUGUUUCAGUCUUCCAGAGAUUUGAGACUGGGACAGAGGUUUACCUUCCAGCAGGACAAUGACCCUAAGCAUACUGCUAAAGCAACACUCGUGGUUUAAGGGGAAACAUUUAAAUGUCUUGGCAUGGCCUAGUCAAAGCCCAGACCUCAAUCCAAUUGAGAAUCUGUGGUAUGACUUAAAGAUUGCUGUACACCAGCGGAACCCAUCCAACUUGAAGGAGCUGGAGCAGUUUUGCCUUGAAGAAUGGGCAAAAAUCCCAGUGGCUAGAUGUGCCAAGCUUAUAGAGACAUACCCCAAGAGACUUGCAGCUGUAAUUGCUGCAAAAGGUGGCUCUACAAAGUAUUGACUUUGGGGGGGUGAAUAGUUAUGCACACUCAAGUUUUCUGUGUUUUUGUCUUAUUUCUUGUUUGUUUCACAAUAAAAUAUAUUUUACAUCUUCAAAGUGGUAGAUAUGUUGUGUAAAUCAAAUGAUACAAACCCCCCCAAAAUCCAUUUAAAUUCCAGGUUGAAAGGCAACAAAAUAGGAAAAAUGCCAAGGUGGGUGAAUACUUUCGCAAGCCACUGUAUGCCAUUUGGCAGAUGCUUUAUCCAAAGCAACUUAGUCAUGCGUGCAUACAUUUUUAUGUAUGGGUGGUGAAAUCGAACCCACUACCCUGGCGUUGCAAACACCAUGCUCUACGAACUGAGCUGCUCUCAAACUAACUUCUAACAGACAGUCUUCCUUCUAGCUCUGCCCUAAUUGACGACACUCUUCAUCCCCUCAGUGCUAUCAGCAAAACUGAAAGAGAACAAGAAGAACUGGUUUGGCCCCAGUCCAUAUGUUGAAGUUGCAGUUGAUGGCCAGUCCAAAAAGACAGAAAAAUGCAACAACACCCACAGUCCCAAAUGGAAGCAGCCGCUCACAGUGUAAGUUGUCAUCGUGUUAUUGUUGACAGUCAGUGUUGAGAGCAAGGAACAGCCGCAUCUUAAUUUAACAAGUACAAAUUCUCUCAAAAGUGGCAAGUGUACAGGGUUGACUGAGGAUCCACUCAUGAUUUAGUAGUGCCAAGUGCCAACACAUCCACACAAUCAAUCCCUUCUUUAUAUAGCUCUGGAGUCUUACUCUGCAGUCCCUUCUUAAUUUAGAGUCCCUCUCCAAUUUCAGUAUGUCUUGGUGUGGAGUAUUCGGAGCAGUUAUACUAUGGUGUAGUAAGCUGAUGCGCUUACACAACUGUCUUUUCCUGCAAACAUUCAGGGUUUAAGUAGGCAGCUGUUAUAGUGGGCAUGGACACUUGCUUCUAUUUGUCUCUCUCUCUUUAGAUAUAUGAAAAUAAUUAUCUUUGACUAUUUCAUGUCUGAUAAACUCUCACAUAAAAUGUAUGCUAUAUUCCCAGUGAAUUAACCAAUGUCAUCUUCAUUGUUUGUUUUUCUUUUACCGCUGCAAUAGAAUUGUCACUCCUUUUAGCAAGCUCAUCUUCCGGGUAUGGAGUCACCAGACCUUGAAGUCGGACGUAUUGUUAGGCAUGGCAACUCUGGAGGUCAGCGAAACACUCAAAUCCAACGACAUGAAUAGUGAGUGCCUUCCUUGUAUCAUGUUAUUCAUACCUUGCUUGGCUGUGUGAUAAAGGCCUGUACUGUGUCUGUGCUCUCACACUUACAUAACACAGCCACAAACACCUCCCCUGCUUUGACUGUGUGAUGUCACAGAUCAGAGGCUGAUGAGAUUACUUCCCCGUUUUAAAGAGUUCAUUCAGUCCCCUGACAAUUUUCUAAAUGCAUUUAAGGCAAACCAGAUUGAAAAUAUCACACCAGUCUCCUAUUUUGACAAAGCAGUAAACAAUGAUAACUUCGUUUUGGAGUAGGAUAAUUACUCUGUUUCUUAUGGCUGUACAUUUGUUUGACUCUCCUUACAUUUUACAUUUUAGUCAUUUAGCAGACGCUCUUAUCCAGAGCGACAUACAGCAGCAAUUAGGGUUAAGUGCACAUCGACAGAUUUUUCACCUAGUCGGCCUCGGGGAUUAGAACCAGCGACCUUUCGGUUACUGGCACAACGCUCUUAACCACUAAGCUACCUGCCGCCCCAUUCCUCUUAUGGGAAUUCUCUCUCCAUUACUUUUUUCCACUAGUUUGUUGAAGGUAUAUUUGAUAAGGUGACAACAGACAUAAUUAUUGGUCAUAGCCUAUCUGGUAUACUGUCCAAGCAGUUCUUUACUGUCCCUCUCGUGUCCCAAACUCAAGGUUAUCAUCCUGGUGCAAAGUGGCAGACAAGGAUGAUUCAAAGUGCUGAUAAAGGCUUUUGACAGACGAGGAGCUGAGUGGAAGGAGGCUUUUUAUUACAUAACCAAUAGUGCUGGGAAUUGCCAGAGACCUCACAAUACGAUAUUAUCGUGAUACUUAGGUGCUGAUAUGAUAUGUAUUGGGAUUCUCACGAUUCUAUAUGUAUUGGGUUGGAUACUGUGAUUUUAUUGCGAUUUGAUAUUCUAAACAUAUUGCUCACCAUAUGUCUGCUGCAGAGGGACGAGAGGCAUGAGAACGAGUUUUGAUCAGUCAUGGAAAUAAAAGUGCUGAAAAGAAAUUGACUCCCUAUUUUAAAAAGAUGUAGAACAAGCUAUGAAGGAAAAAUACUAGAGUUUUGGUGCAGAUACAGCCAACUAGUGCAAAAAUAUUGUCAACACGAUAUAUCGUCAAAAAUAAUAUCCCGAUAUGUAACUAUAUAGAUUAUUUCCCCCAUCACUAAUAACCAAUGCUUUUGUUCCAUGAUGUUUUCCCUUCAGUCUCUGAGGUGGUGCAGACCCUGCAUCUGAGUGCAGACAAAGACCAGACAGAUGUGGUGGGGGACCUGUCUGUCUGUCUGGACGGCAUGCAAGUCGACCCCGAGAUGUUUGCCUCUGCUGCCAAGGCCAACAGCCAAAGUGAGUCUGCUCUGUGCAAUGUUAUCCGCACUGUUAUCUGUAUUGAUUUGUAGGGAGAGAGUUAUGGUUUUCCCAUCCUUCCCAGAAAAUAAUCUCCAGCUUCCCCUCAGUAUGUUCAGUUCACAACUCUGGGUUUGUCUUUCUGAUCUCAGGUACAUCAAAUGGGGAAUCGCAACACAACGGGGAUCAUGAUGUGAGGUAAGCUUAUUAUUCAUGGUUACUGUGGUAAUGAUGGUCUUGCUUAUGGGCAGAGUUAAUAGGUGAUCUUGUGGCAGGCGGAGUAGAGACGGCUCUCCUUCUGUGGAUGGUUUGGAGCACAGAGCUUCCCCAAAUGAGCGUGCGGUCGCAGUGAACGGCACAGGGUCUUGCAAAGGGUCUCCUGCUCUGUCAGCAGGGGGCUCCAGGGGGAAUCCUCUACGGCCCCCCAGGCCCUCCCGACCCCCACCACCCACCCCGCGCAGACCAACCUCUUCUCCAGGUGAGUGGGUCAACCUCUUAACCCAUCUUAAACCAACACUAAUGCUCCUGGGGAUUUUAUGGCAUGGUAUUUUGCUUUAUGCUUCGUUUUGUAUGUCCACAAUUAAGCGUUUGUCAAUUAAUGUGGUCGAAAACCAUCUAGUGUCAUUUUCUCAAACACACUCAAUCUUAUUUUCUCAUUCACUGGUUCAUGGCAGCAUCCUCUAAUGGUUCUAUACCAACUGAAGGAAGCGAUGGCCCCAGCUCAGAGACCCCAGUCCGUAUGCCUGCACCUGCAGGACCAGCCACAGACCCCAAUACCCCACCCCCUACACACGACCAGAGCCAAGCAAUAGCAGCCAGACAAGCAGCCAGUGUUGCCCCAGGCCCCCCCAGAGUCCCCACUGUUGCUGCAGGCCCACUGCCUCCUGGGUAAGGGUCAAGCCAUCCAUGUUGAUCAGUCUGGCAGAAACACUCAAUCGGUCAGUUAGUGGUGUCAAUACAACUCCACCCUCAGGUUCAUAAUCUGACUUAUGAUCUGUUAAAAAACUGAAAAUGUGAGCAAGAGAGCUGUUGUUUGAAAUAUAUCUGUUGCCGUGACUGCUUACCAACUGCAAUUACAUGUUAUUAUUGCUCUAGGGUUACUUAGUCUCAUCACUUUUAUACUUCAACUCUACACUACCUGACGUGACUUGGCUUUUUGCUUUUGUAGCUGGCUGACUGUUUUAAAUGUUUACAUUUUCUUUAAAUCGCAUGUUCCUGUAAAGAUGGGAGCAGAGGGUGGAUCAGAACGGAAGGCUGUAUUUUGUAGAUCAUGUGGAAAAGAGGACAGCGUGGGAGCAGCCUGAGCCUCUACCUUCUGGGUAACUCCCCUCACAUAUCCUGUCUUCAUACUCAAGUGACACUCAAACUACAAUAUACAUUCUACAUACAGUAUUAAAAUUCAUUUUUCCUACACCCAUAUUAACACUCCAGUUCACAAGACAAGCGGAGAAUAGUGUCUUUCUUACUAGAGGAUGCUAAAUGCGUCUCCCCUGUUCCUCUUUGCUCUGUGUGUAGGUGGGAGCGGCGAGUGGACCCCAUGGGCAGGGUCUACUUUGUAGACCACAUCACCAGAACUACCACCUGGCAACGGCCCACCAUGGAGACAGUGCGGAACUAUGAACAGUGGCAGCACCAACGCAACCAGCUACAGGGUGCCAUGCAGCAGUUCAACCAGCGCUUCAUAUUUGGGGUGAGUGGGGUAAGUAGGAACUCUAUGACUGGUCAAAUCAAGUGCUCAACUCCUUCAAUAACAGUACUGCUUGGUACUGAACAGUUGUGAAACACUCAACAGAUGAAGAUUUUAAAUAAAUGAGGCCAGCUGCUAUUUGCACUGUGUGAGAUGAUAAUGCCAUCAAAUGGAUUGGGUAAUUUACAAGAAGUUUAUUAGGAACAAAGAAACUAAAGAGGGACACUACCUCACCCCUGGCUUUAUUUAGCUAAUUGAGCUAGCUGGCAAGCCAGACAGAGCCGUUAUAGGAAGAUAAUAUUUUAACUAUGAAAUGUAAUUAAUUGGGCCUUGGUGUAGUGUCCAGAUGAUCUAUUAGUGUUUGUGUGUCAGCCUUAUCAGAUUCUCUCUUAAGAUUGUCUGCUUCUCUUAAUUCUUUACAUAUUGUGCUGUAAACAGUCUGUCCUUUUUCAGUUGGUGAUAUUUCACCAAUCUUUAUCAGUUGACAGUUGACUUUUUUUACUUUGUUAAUAUAUUAUUCUGUUUGUCUUCUCUUGUGCACUGAAGCUCCAGGACCAGGUUCCAGCCACUGAGAAUAAGCAGUUUGAUCCCCUGGGCCCGCUGCCACAUGGAUGGGGUAAGAUCUCACUCGUUACCUCACAUCGCACAGAUUAAUUGAAUGUUUUCUAGAAUUUUUAAUGAAUUGAUUUAUGUUCUCAGAGAAAAGAACUGACAGCAACGGGAGAGUGUACUUUGUCCAACACACCACACGGACUACACAGUGGGAGGACCCUCGCACUCAGGGGUGAGAAGUUCAUCUGUACUCUUAGUACAGAUAUUUAUCCUAACAUCUACUUUUAACCCCAAAGUGGGAGCUAUCCUGGCACACCUAGAACAAGACAAGAGUAGCUCAGCCCCUGGGUUUAGUACUCUCCACAUGCCAAUGCGCUGGAACUGAAGUGUUAAUUCAGACAUUGUUCAGAUCUGUGUCCGACUGUUGGUCCUAGUGUAUUGUGAUUACACUCCCUCUCUCAGGUUGCUGAAUGAAAAGCCUCUUCCAGAGGGCUGGGAGAUGAGGUUCACUGUCGACGGCAUCCCAUACUUUGUGGACCACAACAGGAGAGCCACUACAUACAUCGACCCUCGCACUGGAAAAUCCUCACUGUAUGUCACAAGAUUACAUUCACUUAAUAUCAAAGCAUUGGGCUACCACUCUGACUAAACAAUUUUUCUUGAGGCCAUAUUUUAGACCAAAAUUGGCUGUAUUUAACAAACACUGUUCUGUUUCAGAGACUAGUAUUGACCUAAAACAGACUGGUGAUGGAAGUGUUGCUACUAAUAACAACGCUUUCUUUCUGUACCAAAAACGUCAAAUAAGGAUGACUAAAAUGGGCUGAACAGAUACUGUCCAUCUUUUAGUAUUCUAAUGAGCCACACCUGAGGGAAGAUGGUGUACUGUCAACAUGACUGCUCUCUGUGCAGCAGGGACUUUGCUUAGCUCUAUUCCCCAACUAACAGGAAUGACCUGUUUGGUGCCUUUUACAGGACUGUGUGGUUAUUGAUAUUUCCCCUCUAGUUGUUUGUCUGCUCACCUGUAGCAUGUUUUGGCUGAAAUAAUUGUCAUUAUCUAGCCAUUUGUUUAGUCUGCAGAGAGUAGUGAACACAUACCAUUGUCUGACUGUCUGGGGUCUAUGGUUUGACAUUCUUGUAUAGUUCUAAUAAACUAUAGUAAAAGCCAGGUAAUCUGACAGAAGGCUGAUUCAGUGUUUGGGUCAUGAUGCGUGACUGAAUGUGUGCCUUUAUCCUUGUCUCUCUCUACAACAGUGAAAAUGGGCCCCAGAUUACUUACGUCCGAGACUUUAAAGCCAAAGUCCAGUACUUCAGAUUCUGGUGCCAGGUAGGUGUCAUGCCUUCUGAGUUUGAGUGGUUAAACAUUUACAUUGUUUUUAUGAUCAACAGAACCACAUGAAUUCCAAUACAGUGACCCAAUGAAAUGAAAACGAUGACCCGCUAUUUCUGUUGGCAUGUUUGAAAAAAUGUAUAUGCUUCAAAAUCACUUAUGAUUUCCUCUCUUCUUGUCCAGCAAUUGUCAAUGCCUCAGCACAUAAAGAUCACUGUCACCCGCAAAACCCUGUUUGAGGACUCGUUCCAGCAAGUUAGUAAACAUCCUCCCAAAUGAGCAUGUUGACACUGACAUGUUGUCCAUAAUAAUUUGACUCUCUCCGUUGUAGAUAAUGAGCUUCAAUGCACAGGACCUCCGCAGGAGACUAUGGAUCAUAUUCCCUGGCGAAGAAGGCCUCGAUUAUGGUGGGGUGGCAAGGUAAAGUUCUAAUGUACUCUCUUCAAGUGCUCUGGUGCAGUCAUUGCACCCCAAUAAAUAAUACGUCAUUGUAGUGAUGAAGGUACCUUCUGUAUCCUCUGGUCAAGGUUUCAGCUAUUUUAAUUGCCUUGUAAAAUAUCCUAGAUAAGUGGUUGCCUACCAGUUAUUUGACCAAGUUAUAAAGUAUGGUGUUAGCUGGAUGCUUGCAGAGAGGUAUUGUAUUGUGAUGAGUGUUAUGAAAUAUCAAUUUCUUCCUCUGUAGGGAGUGGUUCUUCCUGCUGUCUCACGAGGUGCUGAACCCCAUGUACUGCCUGUUUGAGUAUGCUGGGAAGGACAACUACUGCCUGCAGAUCAACCCUGCCUCAUACAUCAACCCUGACCACCUCAAAUACUUCAAGUUCAUUGGACGCUUCAUCGCCAUGGUAACUAUUUUUAGUCACUAUGUUAAGUUCUACUUUUUCUACUGCAAUGUGAUAUGUUUGCAAGUGAAAAGAUCUGUUGAUGCAGUUGUUGUGCAUUUCUAGAUGUUAGCCUCCUGAACUCUUUUCCCAGGCUCUUUUCCACGGGAAGUUCAUUGACACAGGCUUCUCACUGCCGUUCUACAAGCGUAUGCUGAACAAGCCAUGGGCACUGAAAGAUCUAGAGUCCAUUGACCCAGAAUUCUACAAUUCUCUCAUCUGGAUUAAGUGAGUCUUCUGAGGAAAAUGUACUGAUAUUAACUUUGGUUGUAAAUUAUGUUAAUGUGUGUUCAAUAUUUUGGUGGCACACUUAACUUAAUGGCCCCAUUUUUCUUAAUCACAGAGUUGUUGUUUUCCAUGUUAAGUCGCUGAUACGUGUCUUUAUCUGUUGUGCACUUCAGGGAGAAUGACAUCGAGGAGUGUGGCCUGGAGAUGUACUUCUCUGUGGACAAAGAGAUUCUGGGUGAAAUCACCACUCAUGAGCUCAAGCCGGACGGUGGCGAGGUCCUGGUCACAGAGGAGAACAAGGGGGAGUAUAUUAGGUCUGUCUUAGCAUAUGGCUGCCUACUCCCCUCCUGACCCAUGUUCACUACUUUCAUGGUGUGGUGCCUUGAUGGUCUGUGUGUUUCUCCCCCAGGCUUGUAGCAGAGUGGAGGCUGUCCAGAGGUGUGGAGGAGCAGACCCAGGCCUUCUUUGAGGGCUUCAACGAGGUCCUCCCACAGCAGUACCUGCAGUACUUUGAUGCCAAAGAACUGGAGGUAUGAGUUUUAGAGUUUGGCCUAAUUAUUUACACCAGGUUCCCCAUAUUCACUCAUGUAAAGAUGAGUUGUUGUUCCAACGCGUGUUCCAUUGAGCCAAUUGUGACGUGUCCACGUCCUGCAGGUGAUGCUGUGUGGGAUGCAGGAGAUAGACCUGACAGACUGGCAGAGGAACACCAUCUACAGACACUACGCACGCAGCAGCAAGCAGGUCCUCUGGUUCUGGCAGGUCAGUGUUACACAGCUCUCCUCACCAGUGCUACAGUCAGAUGCCACAUCUCCUCAGUAUCAAUGCAUUCAUAUCACACACUAAAGAACAUGCCUGAACAUACUGUACCCUCCUGGACUUCCCUUACAGCUCAUCAAAGAGAUGGACAACGAGAAGCGGAUGAGGCUCCUCCAGUUCGUCACAGGCACCUGUCGCCUUCCUGUUGGAGGCUUUGCUGACCUAUUGGGUAAGUUUGAGGCUAUUCCUUCCCCUCAUGGGUGGAUGACAUACAAUCUACAGAGGUAAAAGAUAAUGAAACAUAACAUUGUGCCAUUUUUACCUGUAAGUAGUUAGUGACUUACAUAUUUUGUUUUGUAGGGAGCAAUGGCCCGCAGAAGUUCUGCGUUGAGAAGGUGGGAAAGGAGAACUGGCUGCCCAGAAGUCACACCUGGUGAGUACUGUAUGGAAGAGAGUCAAGGUUAAAACAGAGGAAAGGCUUCACUCAACAGGUAACUAACCUGCCUCUAUUUCCCCCUUUUCUAGCUUCAAUCGAUUGGAUCUCCCUCCUUACAAAAGCUAUGAGCAGCUGAAGGAGAAAUUGAUGUUUGCGAUUGAAGAGACUGAGGGCUUUGGGCAGGAGUGA